AUAAGCAUUCCGGGUUUUGAUUGUGUGCCAACAUGUUGAAAUUUACAAUCUAUUACUUUGCGUUUUAUUGCUUUCUCUCAGAUGCUUUGUACAUUUCCGAUUGGAAACUGAAUGAUGGUGAUGAGAGGAUUAAGAGGGAUGAAGCGCCUAAGUUUAAGUUGCAGCUGAAGAAUUUCAACAAAGAUGGUGAUGGGACGAAUCAAUUGGUGGAGAGGAUUAAGGAUAAGAUUGAGAAGUUGAAGGAGGGAAGAGAGGAGAGUCCAAUUGUGGGACAGAUAAAUCCUAGUAUUAUGGAUUACUCACCGCACAGUACAGGGAUUCUUCCACGUCCACCGAUCGUCGCUCCAGGUUAUCAUCGCCCUUUGCUGCCGGCCUUGAACCCUCUUCCGCACACUCAUUACGCCCCUUAUAACCCUUACCAUCAUUACAAUAACCCGUUCAAUCCUUAUCAUUAUCACGAUCCCAUCCUUGUUGCUCCUGCGUAUCGAUCGGCUUUACCUCUUCCUCCUCAUACACCAGUCUUGCACGCUUUGAAAAAUAGAGUUGGUGACUUAUUAGAUAAAGCUGGUAAACAUGGACCUGGAUUGCUGGACUCUGAUGCUACCAGCAAUUCCGAGUCGCAGAUCAAUCAAAUCAACGUCAACGUCAGAUCGGAUCCGACCACACCUCACACAUUUCUAUCCCAUUUCUUCCCAUGGUUAGAUCCAUUCGGUAAUUCAGCCUUACCUUUCGUGGGUGCCCCGAAUCCAGAAAACGCAGAAACCUCCAAUGAUUCUGUCACUGAAGUACCAAACCUUGUUGAUCUUGGAGAGGUUACAACACAACCUACUACAGAACUCAAAAAGGAAGAAUCUGUCACUACAGCGCCAGUAAAUAAACAAACUAUAACACCUGAGAAUCCUGAAAAAAUUACAAUACCUGAAAAUCCAGAACAACAAAAACCAGUUGAGGUCGAAACUAAAACACCAAUUUUAUUGGAGAAUACAGAAAAACCAGAACUUAUCAAUCCAGAAAACCAGGAAACACAGCAACAUAUUAAUCUACAGCAAGCUCCAAUAGUAAAUGAAAACAACGAUGAAAAUGUUGCUCCAAAAGUAUUGGAAGAUGAUAAGCAGAAACCAGUUGAAGUUAAGAAGCUGAGUUUGCAGGAGAAGAAGAAAUUCGCUUUGCUGAUUAAGAAUAAAAAGUUAGCGGAGAAAUUGUUAAAACAAAAGACCGAAAAGCAGAAAAUCGAUGAAGAAGAACAAAAAACUGAAGAGAAACCAUCAAUUUUACCGGAACCCAUUGUAGUAUUUCCACCAAUAGAAUCAUUACCAAUGUAUAAAAAUCAAACUGAAUAAUUUAUUUAUUUGU